AUGUGGAUCCUUCUGCUUGUCGGCUACCUCGGGCCCGUCAUGGGCUUCUACUUCUUGACGGUGGCCAUAGCGUCGGGACUCUACUACCUCUCGGAGCUAGUUGAGGAGCACACAGUGCUAGCCAAGCGGUUCCUGUCGCGCCUCAUCUACUCCAUCAUGGGCCUGCACCUGGUGCUCUGCGUCGUCGACCGCUUCCCCUUCUCCCUGACCCUGCUCAGCAUCGUCUCGCACCUCGUCUACCUCGGCAACAUGCGCCGCUUCCCCUACGUCAAGCUGUCCGACCCGCUCGGCGUCCUGUGGUUAGUACUGCCACAAUACUUCCUUGUCCUCCUCAACCACUACGACCGCGCCUACCAGAACAUGGCCUCGUACUACGACACCCCCAGCAACAUCCCUUCCUUCACCCAGAUCGCCUCCUACUUCGGCAUCUGCGUGUGGCUCGUGCCUUUCGCCCUGUUCCCGCUCGGAUCGGGGCCGGGAGUAGGGGGCUCGAGGCUAGGCGUGGCCAGCUCUAGCGGCGGCGGUCGCUCGAGGCGCGGUCAGGGCAUGGCUAAGGCGCUCGUCGACAAGGUGCUGGGCGGCAUCGGUCGGGUCGGCGACGCGUUCGGCUGGAAGAUGUCGCAUACAACGAAAAAGCCCGACGAACGCCUUGCCUGA